AUGUCGACCUUCAUACGAGGUCCAGUAUGUGGAGUAUCAAACUGCCCUUCUCGCCUAUGGCGUAUAAUUGAUGGUAGAAGGACUUGCCAGUAUGGCCACGUUAUGGAGGGUGAUGUGGAAUUCAACAAUGAUGACGACGAUUUAGCUAGCGCUGGUGUCGUUACAAGAAGACUGAAUUUGACAACGGGAGCCACUGGUAGCUUUCAAUCGAGUUUUAAUGCCUCUCAGUCGCACAAUCAGCAGAACCUCACUGGUAGUAAGAAAAUACAUGGUUACCAGGCCAAAGUGCUGUUCAUAAAGUCGUUCCAGCUAGUACUUAGAGCUCAGGCAAAGUGGCUGAUACGGGAAAUGAACUUCCCACCUGAAUUCGAGCAAGUUGUAAAGCUGAUAUGGAUUCACUACCUACAAUGGCUAGAUAACAGCAAUGCAGGACAUACCGACGUUGAAGAGCACGAGAGUGAGCGGCAAGAGGACCGCCUUCAGCUGACGGCACUUCAGCUGAGCAUGCCCGCGGCUCUCAGUAUGCUCUACAUGGCCUCAGUUCACAUGGGAUUGCCAGUCUACACCGCAGAUUUUAUCAGAUGGAUCGCUGCAGCAGAACUGCCUUACUACAAAGCCAAUUCGCUAUUGCCUGAGUCGUGGAAGCAGCAAUUGCCCAGCACGUAUCUCAGGCUACUUGAUGGCGGAAAGCCGCCCGCAGACGGUCACAUUUUACUAAAGGUCUCACAGAUUUGCUUCAGAACUGCCUUCACCAAGAAUUUCAACUGCAAGCUCAGAUACGAAGGUCUUGUACUAAGGCUUGUACUACUUGGAACUCUCCCGCCCGAGUUUUACUUGUAUACCGUGGAACUGAUCAGGCUAGUGGAUGAGGCCGACGGCUUUAGACUGAUAGAGCACCCGAGGAUGUUCUUCACCAAGUACUACCAGUGGCCGGAACUCAGAGUCAUCGCCUAUUUCCUGCUAACCGUCCGCUGGGUACUGCUCUGCAGCGAAGAGACCUACCCAUUGCCAUGGAUUCUAUCGCUCUCGGACAGAUCUCAGACGGCAGGUGCCUCUGCAGACCAAGAUGCCAUAUUGGCCAGAAUAUCGUCAAGCAAGGAUGAGUCAAACGUCACCAGCUGGUCACACGAUGAGACAUCAACCUACCUGCAAUGGUUCAAACAGUCGUUUCUCCCAUUACAGGCCGAACAAGCAAACAUGAGCAUCGAUCACAGGAUUGCCCAAAGAAAACUGCACAAGAUAUUCCCCAUAGAGCCCGGCCUUUCCAGGAACGACGGAAGCGCCAGCCAUUCUUCAUUCAUAGAUCAAUUGCAAGAAAGAUACCUCUAUUUCCUGUCUGAUGUCGAGUCUCGCUGGAACGAUCAAACGAUGCCGGACGCACACCAGAGGACCGCUUCCAUAGCCAAACUGGAGCAGUCUCUUAUGGCAGAAAUCGAAAAUCAGUUCGCGCUAGCGCGAGAACAAAUCACUAGUGCCGUACGCUACAUCGCUACAAGAUGUUCCCAACUUUCUGCUCAGCGAUCAUCACGCGGAGCUGGCGACCGAGACUGA